AGACCGCCUGCUCUGUAGAGUCACAGUAUUCUCAGUCCUUACUGUUUGUUACUCUAUUUCUCUUUGCAAUUUUAUAUUUGCCUUUUAUUACUUAUCAGUACUGUUGUUUAUCCCUACGUCCUUCGUAUUCUGUCCAUAUCUCGUUCUUGUCUCAAGCGCUGAGAGCAUGCUCCUCCAUGAACGUGGUCAUGCGUUAUAUAAAUGACGCGUUAAUUAUAAUUAUUUAAUAUAUCAGUAAUUCACGCACGCGCUGACCUACACACGAUGUGUGCACAUCCACCCACGCCGUUCCCCUCCCCAUCGCCACACACGCAUAAAAUUAUAAGCAACACACACAAACCGGAGAGAGAGAGAGGGGGCGGGCUUCAUUUGUCUUUCGGGUGCCAAACAGACGCCUUCUUCUCCCUAGGUGCGCUGUCACAUCCGGUAAAAGAAUAAGCUCGCGAAAGCAAGGUGCACCUCGCGGGCACUGAAGUACGUAAUAGAUGCUGACAUGCUGCGUGCGUUGCUCGAAGAGUCAGUGACACCAACAAACUAGACUUCGCCGCGAUCGGUAACCGUAGUUAUCUUUCUUUGUCGAUCGCCGGGUGAAGACCGGGAAAGUUCUCUCUUCACACAAGUAAUUGGGCUCGCGCAAGUACAGAGACUUAAGAUGAUCUAGGAAGGAGACUGCAGAGAACUCUUUGCGUACUAUUUGACUUCCUAUUUGCUGUAUGAUGAAUAUGGGGAUAUUGUUCGAUUCGCUAAAAGAUGAGUCUGUGUUGGGCUUAAUACACCGUGAUGCCAGCAUGACAACACCGUCUUCAGGUGCUCAGGCGAAUUGCUCGGAAAGCUUAAAAGGUCAAUGGGCUCAAAAAUAAUCUUCUAUUAGAAGCCAGAAAAAGUCUUUACGAAAAAUAAAGGCUUGUUUUACACGAAAGCUGAGGAAGAGGCUCAAGGGAAAAAAAAUAUCGUUGGAUAAGUGUGUGUGAUGCCUAUGAAGAAGCAAUUAAUACUUAUGAUAGGACGUGCGUUUGUUCCCUCAAGACGUGAAAAUCAAAGCGCAUUUGUAGAGAAAGAGAGAGUGAGAGUGAACGAGAAAUAGACGAAAAAGGAAUAGUUACUGUCGUCUAAAGAUACUACGAUAGAAUCUCUAUCCUUUCAUAUGCAGAAGAGCUCAGUCGCUAGAUUUUGAGACAUAGGAGUCGUGGUUAGUAUAGUGUUAACUCCAGUAGGGAAUUUGUGGUAGUGAAGUACAGUAUUCUAUUCAAGCUGGUCACUGAGACGAUAAUACUACUGACUUGUAUGUGUGAGAAAGAGAAAGGCGGUGGCUCCUGGAAAGGCUAAGCAUGGAUUUCAGUCAUGGACGACACAGCAACGGCAGCAGCACGAACAGCAGCAGCAGCAGCAUUGGCAGCGGUGGAGGCGGCAGGGAAAUCAACAUUGCUGUGCUAGGAUCUAAAGGUGUUGGAAAAUCAGCAAUCAUUGUUCGGUACCUCACGCGGCGUUUCAUAGGAGACUAUGAUCCAGAGAUGGACGCCAUUUUUACGCAUUCGGCGGUGGUUGACGGUAAGCAGGUCGUGCUGCACAUCAUGGACAGCGCCUGGCAUUCCUCCGCGAGAGAACUGCGACAUGAUCCAGUUACGUGGGCCGAUGGAUUCCUCCUGGUCUUCUCCGUCACGGAUCCGGACAGCUGGUCCUGCGCACAGGAGCUCGUCACACACCUGCGACUCUCGCGCGGCGACGAGCGCCUGCCCAUAGCACUGGCGGCCAACAAGUGCGACCUCAUCCACCUGCGACGCGUCACCGGCAACGAGUGCGCGCCGUGGGCAGCGGAACAUGGCUGCGGCUACCGCGAGGUGUCGGCCAGCGAGGACCCGGACAGCGUUGAGGAGGUCUUCGCCUCGCUGUGCCGCCAGGUGCGCACCGUGCACCGCAAGCGCGAGAAGCUGUCAUGGAUCAUGCAGCGGCCUGCCGUGGCUGCCAAGCUCCAGAUCCGCCAGAGUCUGCGCAACCUGGCUGAGAAGAAGUGGCGCUCCAGGACCUCCACCUUCUGAGACAAAGUGGGGUGGGUGGGGUGGGGACAGAAAAAUAUGGCGCUCGCAGGACAGAAUGUUGUCGACAGUUGGCGUUUCUUUGCCCGGGUUGUGCGAAUGCUUGAUGGCACUAAUUGGGUUAAUAUCACUCAGCUCUGUAAGCCGAUGACACAUACAGAGAAAGAACAGCGUGCUCGAGACGAGAUCUGAACCCAGGACAGUCGACCUUCGCUGUUUUGGUGACAGGCGCUAGCCGUUACCCCACCAGACCACCCUACGUUUACCAGGAAAGGGCUUGCGUGUGUGGUUGCUGUCACUGAACAUCGAUGACUACUGUCUGAGAUUAUGUUGAUGAUAAAGAAGAUCUGAUCAAGGUCAUGUUGACUCUUGAAGGCAGCUGAUGUGGAUUGUGUUAGCUCUAUUGUUAACAGCUUGCCAAGACUGUAUUAUGAUAACAGUAGGGAAGGUUUCCGUUUGUAAUCGAUGGCAGUUGGGAAGGUUUAUGCCUACGAUUGCUACGAUUUGUGCUGACUGCCAAAGCUGGGAUUGUUAAAGGAUGGGAGAGGAGGGGGCAGAAGCAAUUGUGCGAGUCUGUCCCUGACAUUUGGGUGGCCUACAAACAGCUUUGCGCUCUCCUUUCUUUGUGGGAGGACCUCCCAGAAGACCUCAAAAACCUGUUUACUUCAUUGCUUAGAUGCGCCUCCUACAAGAACGCGUGGCAGUGGCAAGUUCAGGAUGGUGGUGGUAUUAUGACGAUCACGAGAAUGGUUGCCAGGUAGGGCCUGGAUUUAAACAGUCUGGGCAAAAUCAGCCGACUGCCAGUCAAAGCACCACCUUUCUCAUUUUCGUAUUCCCCUCAGACUCGCCGAACAACAGCGGAUUAGAAACUAUGAUCGCUUCUCUUUCCUGAAUUUACACUAUGUGUUGUGUUUAUUAUUAUUGUACUUUAUUAUUUUGUUAAUGACAUACGUCUUUGACAAGCUCAAGCUGUGCGCGAGGUCAGCUCCUUUGAGGAAUGUGUGGCUUACGCGGAGAAAAAAAUAUGGUCAUAUUUUGCCUCGUUUGAAGUUUUAUUUACAUGUUUUCAUGUUUCUGAUUUUGGUUCGUUGCAAGGUUAUGAUUCUUGGUUCUUAAAAAAAAAACGCCCAUUACCACAGAGCCUGUCCAUACCCAUCAUUGCGUAUUACGCACGCGUCGUAAUUUCAAAUAUACGCAUGACUUAAAUCAUAAGCAUGUGGGAGGAGAUACGAGCUCACUACAUACUCGAAACAUCAAAUGCUAGAGUUAAAAACAGUUUUUCACUCAACACAUUGACACCUCCAUUACCGAACACAUUUUCUAAAAUGGCUUUAUCUAUAUAAAAAAAAAAAUUAUAAAAUGUCUGAUCCCCAGCCUACCUGUAAUUUUACCAGAAAGACGAUUGGGUCGUAAGUACUACUUUCUUUCGUCGUUGCUUUUACUGAGUGUAUAAUGAUAUUGCUGGCUUAGUUACAGAAAUUUAGGGAACCCAUGAACUGUUUAUAAUUUGUCUUCAAGACAAUGACCAGUAAAAGACAAUAGCCAGAGUCAAUAAGAGUCAACAGCCAGUUUAAUCAGUUUAAAAAUUUAACAACUUCCAUCACUGUUCGAGUCUUCUAAAUACAAUGUCCUUAAACGUCGAAUCAAAAGGCAUUCACACGACAAAGCUGAAAGUGACAAUAAAUAAAAGCUCAGUCCUAUAUAAUCCACAGCCCUGCUCCCUCUCAUUUUACAAUAGGAAGAGGAGAGUAAGAGAUGUGCUAGUAAAAUGUUAAACAUUUGUGGAAUUUGCAGACUGGUCUUUACACUGCCCGCCAUUCAACAGCAAACUGUCACAUGUAGUCAAAAGGCUUCUGUUUGUCUUUAUUGUACUUACACAGGCUCGCAACAACCACCUUUGACAUCGGUCUCGCAACAAAACGCUCAUCCCGCAUAGCAAGAAAACAACUCAUGUCACUGUCAGAAGUGUAAUGUCAGAGUUCCAUCAUCCACUUAUUUCAUUGCAGGCCGGCAAUUCCAGAACUCCAUCAUCAAAACACUUACCUCAAGAUCACUAUUGUUGCCACCGACACAAGUACUUCAGUGAGGCAGAACACGAGCCUCCAAAAAUAGCCUAACUUAUCGCAAGGAAACGAGCGUUGAAUCAUCACACCAAAACUUUUUUUAACCUUGGUUCUUUUCAGAGGAGCUUCACACAGAGCCAGCACGUGCAUGCAAUUCAGAUCAUCUAUUGUCUCUAGGAUCUGACAGCAUUUUCUUCAAAGCCCCAGGCCAAUAUUUUACCGGAAAAUGAAUGAGCAUGCAUUUGGUUUUUGUUGAUGUAUGUACUUUGUCAGACUGUCUUGGGAUGGCUUUGGCAAUGGAGCUGUGAGCGAUAGACGAUUUACCAAGAUAAGUAUGUCAGUGCUUUGACAGCCCUCCAUAAGUUUUCUCUUUGCUCAUCUAUAUACAAUGUCUCCAGUCUACUGCUAUUUCUAAAACAGCUCACAACUGGGGCUUUCCUUGAGCUCACCGGUGUGAUUCCACAUGGCUAUGGUCAUGGCAUUCAUACUCAGAGUUGUGUACAAUACCUCCGCUAAACUGGUUUCAGGUAAUCCGGUACAUGGUACCACCACUAACUUGGCACUGGGUAAUUGGUGGAUACACACACCGCCAUUCAAACGGUAGUACGAAACCCACUUUACAAUUCCGUCGCUAAAUCUCUGUUGACCACAGUAAGAUAUAACUCUCACAAAACUCUUUCCGUGAUCUUAUAAGUAAUGCCACCAUAUUACUCGCUUUUAAGCCGACUUUGCCACAAAAUUGCAAAAACGAAUUACCGGGUUGUGUUCAUUACAAAAUGUCCUAAAUCCUCCUCCUUCCCCUUUCUCGAGAUAAAAGCCAUCAAACAAAUACAGAAAGAUGUCAAAUCUCCAUGGAAACGCUUAAUUAAUCCCAGUUUGCCCUUUGGUAAAAUGUAUGUAAAGGUGUCAGGUACCCAUUCCAGACAGUUGGGUCGACUGGGAGAAGUCUGCCACGCGGGUACCGAGCUGGCGCACUUCAUUAUUCGAACGCCAGUCCUCUAAUAGUCUAAUUACUCGGCUUCUCCUCUUGGACUUUUAAUUAUCACCGCACUUUUCUGAUGCAUUUCUAUCUCUUGAUCUGGUUCUCAUUAUUCAUAACUAUGUUUACAUUUUUUAACUAUAGAAGAAUCGGUUUCCACUGGUCACGCCAUGUUGAGGCCCGUUAACUCGGGGGUUCAAAACGUGCACAAGCUGACUGAGCUAAAAAUCAAAAUAUGCACAAUGCACUCUUAAAUUCACAUCUUUUUUAUUUUGCACUUGUCCAGUUAACUAUUUGAAAACAACUCGCUUCACUGCGAAUUUUUCUGGCAUGCUGAGUCGCGGUUUAAGCAAGUCUAUUCACAGCAAACCUUGGCGAAAGCUUUGGACAAUUAACAUGACCCCCAUUCUCCAUUAUCUCUGUUAAAUGGACAACGUUUCAUGUAAGCCUAUAAACCUUUCCGGAGCUCAUCAGCUCAUCUGAUGGCUUGAGCCAAAUUAAGAACCAGAAGUGCUUGCGAUACACCAGCCCAUAAAUUUUAAAUUCUUUCGCCAGGCUAUCAAAAUGCCGAGAGUUCCCCAGCCCCUGGAUUAAAUAACCCGGGUACAACUUUCAAAGAACAGCAAAGAUGUCCAAGAUGCCAAACCGACAUUUAUGGAAUGGUUCCAAGGACGCUUGGCUAUAAGCAGUCAGCUCAUGCAAGUAAUUUUUUAAGAUCUUUGGAGACUUGAUGGAGGUUUAAUUAACGACAUACUGACGUCAUCGAGGAUCUAAACAAAGACAAGGAGCUGCCGGCCAGGAGUGGAUGUCGAGAAGAUGGUGCUCAGCACACUUCUAGGCGCUGCAUGGGCCCAGCUGCGCAACACGUCGCUAAGAUAAAUGGCCUGCAGAACCGUCGUUAGUAGGGUGGCUAAUGACAAGCAGCCAGAUUAAGUCCUUAUCUGUUUUUAACAUUUUAGUUGACUGAUUCGCGUGGAAUAGCCAGUUGGUGCCUAGCGCCUCGCCCUAGUCCAGCACUGCAACGUUGAGCGUCGAGAGAUGGAGGCGUGUCAUGAGAGGUUUCCUCCCCUGAUUUGAGAAGCGGAUCGAGACUUUCAUCAUAAACAAUUAUACCUCGCUAGUCCUUGGUUUAAUCCUAAUUACAGACUCAUUCUUCGAAGCCUAAAUUUAUACUUCCUCUUGGAAUAACUUAAGGAGAGCUAACGAUACAGUGACACAGGUUGCUAAAGACAUGUGAAAUAAAAUAACCCUAACACUAACCCAACCCGAACUACAUUUCCCGUUUGAUAAAAGUGUUACCGUAUCGAGUCCUCCAAGAGAUGUAUCUCUCUAGAUUGGUGUUUUACACGGAGCCAGCAACUAUCGCUAUAACACUGUAAGGCAGCCAGGCCUCUAGACCAGUGGUUCUUAACCGGGGUUCUAUCGAACCCUAGGGGUUCGGUGAGUCGGUCUCAGGGGUUCGGCGGAGCCUCCGCCACGGAGGUCAAGACACACCCGCAAUUCGUGAUGAAACUAAAGAAGGGUUCGGUAAAUGUGCGUAUGAAUCUUGUGGGUUCGGUGCCUCAAACAAGGUUAAGAACCACUGCCCUAGAUUGUUACCACAACCUGCUAAAACCGAAAUUAGACCCGAAUGACUUCACCUCUCUAGGCGUCCUUCCUCUGAAAGACAGACUUAA